GAUGCCUCUUCCUCACCCUUUGAUCAGCUGCCACGUGGUAUCUGCCUCAAGCAUGCGAGCUUCCAUCAUCAGAGACGACAUCGAGGAAAUGGGGGUAUGUUUUCUCCACGCCCUCCCGCCCUAUGACGCUUCAUCGACGGACUCACCUUCGGAUCCACGCAUCACCGARCUUCUCGACGCCUACAGCGACGUGUUCGAAGGCCCGCACGGAGUAGUACCAGAUCGGCCCAUCCGCCACGAGAUCAUCCUCGAGGACGGGGCCGUACCUCCGCGCGGUUGCAUCUGGCACAUGAACGAGGAAGAGUUAAGUGUCCUUCGGGCACAACUCGACGACCUUCUGGAGAAAGGCUGGAUUCGGCCUAGCUCAUUGCCAUACGGUGCUCCUGUUCUCUUCGUCUGGAAGAAGAACAAGGAUUUGCGGUUGUGCAUCGAUUAUCGCAAGCUCAACGCGCAGACGAUCAGAAAUGUCGGCCCUCUCCCACGCAUAGACGAUCUUCUCGAGCGACUAGGCGGCGCCAAGUUCUUCUCCAAACUCGAUCUCAAGUCGGGAUAUCACCAACUCGAGAUUCGCAAGGAGGACCGUUACAAAACGGCGUUUAAGACGCGAUAUGGGCAUUUCGAAUGGCCGGUUAUGCCAUUUGGCCUUACGAAUGCCCCGGUCACUUUCCAAGCGGCUAUGACAACGGAAUUCCGACACAUGCUGGAUCGAUACGUACUCAUCUACCUCGACGACAUCCUGGUAUACAGCCGGAGUUUGGAGGAGCAUGUGGAACACCUGCGCACCGUUUUAGAGCGGCUACGACAAGCCAAGUACAAAGCCAACCACGACAAGUGCGAAUUUGCGCGGCAGGAGCUGGAGUACUUGGGCCAUUAUGUGACGCCGCAAGGCAUCCGUCCGCUCGCGGACAAGAUCGAGGCCCUACGAGUAUGGCCCGAGGCCACCAACACCACGGACGUUCGUUCAUUCAUGGGAUUGGCGGGCUACUAUCAGCGAUUCAUCACCGGAUACUCCAGGAUUAUUGCACCUAUGACGAGGUUACAGUCGCCAAAGGUGCCAUUCGUAUUCGAUGACGACGCACGCCGGUCAUUCCAAGCACUUAAGACGGCUAUGCUCAUGGCACCCUCGGCUAUGCUCAUGGCACCCGUCCUUAGCAUCUAUGACCCCACCUUGCCGACGAGAGUGACUACGGACGCUUCCGGCUAUGGCAUUGGGGCAGUCUUGGAACAGCACGACGGCGACGACUGGCACACUGUGGAGUAUUUCAGCCACAAAGUGUCUCCCAUCAACUCGCUUGAUGAUGCAAGGAAGAAGGAGCUACUCGCGUUCGUCAUGGCUCUCAAGCGAUGGCGGCACUUCCUCCUUGGGUGUCGUAGGUUCACAUGGGUCACAAACAACAAUCCAUUGACCUACUACAAGACGCAGGAUACGGUGAGCAGCACGGUCGGACGAUGGAUGUACUUCAUCGACCAGUUUGACUUCACACCGAAACAUCUACCCGGCCUCUCAAAUCGCACAGUAGAUGCACUCUCGCGAAGACCAGAUCUUUGCGCUAUGACACAUCAUGCCUUCGCAUUCGGCGAGGAGCUUCAGCGACACUUCAUCCGGGCAUAUGAGUCUGAUCCGGACUUCGCCACGUUGUACGCACAGCUAUCUUCGGAUCACCCGCCGGCCAGCCACUAUCGCACUGCCGACGGAUACUUGCUCCUCCGCUCGAGAGGCAAGGACUUAUUGUGUGUCCCACGCGACCGUCGUCUUCGGACUCGCCUCCUCGGCGAAUAUCAUGAUUCACGACUCGCCGGCCUGGCCCAUUUCGGAGUCAACCGCACUAUUGCACGACUUCGACAGCGAUUCCGAUGGCCUGACCUCAUUACCGAUGCCACUCGGUAUUGCGACUCGUGUGAAGUUUGCCGACGCAGCAAACCCCGCAACCGCAAUCCCUAUUGCAAGUUACACCCGAUGCCUAUCCCACGGGAACCCGGUCUCUCCAUUGCCAUGGACGUCACCGGUCCGUUUCCUCGCGACCGGCUCGGGCACGACGGUAUCCUCACGGUUGUGGACCGAUUGAGUAAGUACGCGCGUUUUCUCCCUUGCAAGUACUACUCCACGACUCCCGAGCUGGCACGCCUCCUGCACACUGGUUGGAUUUGUGGCCACGGUGUACCAGAAGACAUUGUUAGCGACCGCGACACUCGUUUCAUGUCGGCGUUUUGGACUGCUCUCAUGCAGGAGUCCGGCACAACAAUGAAACCAAGUUUGGCUCAGCAUCCACAGACAGACGGGCAGACGGAGCGGGCACAUCAAACCGCUCAAAUGAUGCUUCGUACGCUCAUCCGUCCGGACCAGAAAGAUUGGGUUGACCGCCUCCCCGACAUCGAGUUCGCCUACAACACUUCGGUGCAUCCGGUGAUCGGCGUGACUCCAUUCGAGUUGCACCACGGUGGACGGAAAGGCUGGAUCUUCGCCAACCUUCUCCUCCCUCGACCAGCCGACAUUGACGCUGCCUGCUCUCCCGCUUCCGUCCGAAAGUACAGGGAAUUGCUGACUCAAGCCCGCGCAAACAUGCAAAAGGCUCAAGUCCGCAUGCAGCAGCAAGCCAACAGGCGUUGCGUACCAUUUCCCAUCCGCGCCGAUGAUCUGGUUUGGGUCUCCGCGGAAGAGUUUGCAGUGGAACAGGACGUUUCACGCAAACUGCUUCCCAAGUGGUUUGGACCUUGGUCUGUGACAGCAGCCGCGGGCGAUGAGCCCGAUGGCCCUUCAUUUGUGAUCAACAUUCCAGAGCAUCUGACGGUCCAUCCGGUCUUUCACCCCUCGAAGCUGGCAACAUACACGCCAGCCAAGAGCGACAACUUUCCGGACCGACGAUCGCAGGACCCUCCUUCUAUGGAUGGUCAUCAGAAAGUUGACCGCGUCAUCACCGAUCGCAAGUACGACAGCAAGCCGCGACAGUACAAAGUCACAUUCAAAGCAUGCGAUCGCGACAACACUCGGUGGAUUUCAGGCGCAGAUUUGAAAGCAUCCGCACCGCUGAUCUACGCGCAUUAUGAAAAGCGGAGGUUAGCUCAGGAAGCUUCACGACCGGCCCCUCCCACCCGGACUGUGGUCCCUCCCUCAGACAGACAGCUUCACCCUCGCAGGAGGGUGAUGGUGGUUGGGGAUGCUAUCGCUCAGAGCGUGGAGUGUAUUUUGAAUGGCCAUCAACGUGUAAGCCUUUGCUUGGGUGCUCUUCCAGAUUUGCCAAUUAGGAAAGUUGUCUUCGGCUCUGUGCUUUGUCCAAGUGGUGUCGCAGUCGGCACGCUGGCGAAGGGGAGACUGUCGCUGGAAGAAGGGCGAUCUCCAUGAGCCUUUGGCCAUAGUUGAGGCCUUGUUUCUCUGUUCCUGCGAAGUGUUGAGGCGGUUGGUUGGGAGUCGCGGGCGGAAGGGAGAAACGCAUUCUCACGUGGAGUGGGAGGAGGAAGAUCGUUCAAGCGCGGGCAUCCGGAAGGGACUUCGACGACGUUUUGCUCCGACGAGUUGAUCCUGUAUCUUCGUAUGGAUGUAUAACUACUGUUCUUGUCCAAUUACUUUGGUUGGGGUAAUCGUUAUUGCUGAUAAAUUCUAUGACAAUUC